CAGAAUGCUGUAGUGUGAAGGGUCAUUUCCAGGACCUGCACAUCCUGAUACAGCUACAGGAGAACAUACUAAAGUGCUGGAGCAGUGAAUCAAUUAACCCUCUCUGUCUCACUUCCAGCCAAACCCCCAGCCACUGACUUCCCUGCUUUUCAAACACGGGAGCUGAACACACUGGAAGGAGUCAAUCAACGAACAAGGGGAGCAGCAAACUGCAAGCUUUGCUUAUGAACAAAGAGAGAACUGCACACGGACUCUGCUGAUCACCCAAGUAGAAUCAAAAAAGAAUGGAAGUUAAAGGACAGCAAAAGAGAAUACAACCUUAUUUCUAUCCUUUUUACAUAUGGUAAGAAUUAUUCUCCUCCUUUUCAGAGUUGGAGAAAGUACCUGGAUGAGAAGAAAUACUGUUUUCCCAAAACAGAAAUUCUUAAUCUUCAUGAUAGAAGAAAUGUGCUAAAAAAAAGCACACGAAGAGACAAGCUUCAGAAAUAUUAUAAAAGCCAAAAGCAAAUUAACAGCUUGUUUUCCAGAAAGUAGUGAAAAAUCAACUUUGACUGUAUGACAAAAAAGAAAAUUAUAAAGGAUCUUCCUGGAUGCAAAGUGAACUCUACCAAAAUGCAAGAGAAAGAGGAGAAAUAGGAUUCUUAAUAAGGGGAAAUAUGGGAACUGCUGUCUGCCUACGCACAUGCUGCUGGAGACUAGACACUCGGGAGAGGAGGAGUUGCACAUACACAACUCGAGCAUCUGCCUCUGCAUCAGUUUGUACUCAGAAGGAGCAAAUCUACAUAGACUGCACCUAAAGGGAAUAGUUUCGCAUUCAGAGUCAUCUAUCACUCCUUACUGCUGCAGAAAAAAAAAAGAGGAAGCUAACGCACUGCUUAUUUUUGACAGCUAUUGAUUUUUUCCUUAUAAUCUUUCGCAAUCUGAACAUUGCUAUAAAGGGGAGACCAGACAGAGAUGGACACAAGACAGGACUUUCAUUUUUAAAACUCUUUUCUGCCCAGCAAGGCACAGAAUAAAAACAUUGGAUACGAGCUCGGACAGGGUUACAGUAUCUCAAAAUAGCAGAUGACCAGUUCACUAUACUGACCAUGCUGGCCUUUCUUCAGGACCAUCGUGGACCAGAGAGCAAUAGAGAACUCUUACACCGUACGGAACUCCUGCGCAAAAUACAGCUCCUGAAGCCAUUCCACCGCACACAAAAAUGUCCCAUCCUUUACAGUCCUUGAACAGACCUGGAGCUGGCAGUGGAUCUUUGUCACCUCUCUCAGUAACAGGAGCGCCCAAGCAGGACUACCCAAGUGAGGAACAAGGAAAUCAAGUGCACUGGGCAGCAUUGCUGAUCCUCCUGGUGAUAAUCCCCACCAUUGGGGGGAACAUACUUGUCAUUCUGGCAGUGUCCUUGGAGAAAAAGUUGCAAUAUGCUACCAACUACUUUCUGACAUCUUUGGCGGUGGCAGAUUUGCUCGUGGGUCUGUUUGUGAUGCCAAUUGCCCUUCUCAUAAUAUUAUUUGACAAUACCUGGCCUUUACCAACUGCCUUGUGUCCUGUCUGGCUGUUCCUUGAUGUCCUCUUUUCCACAGCAUCCAUCAUGCACCUCUGUGCCAUCUCCCUGGACCGCUACAUUGCAAUAAAAAAGCCAAUCCAGGCCAGCCAGUACAAUUCAUGGGCUACAACAAUCAUCAAAAUCAUCGUGGUUUGGCUCAUUUCAAUAGGCAUUGCAAUUCCAGUCCCUAUCAGAGGCAUUGAGGAUGGAAAUGGCAACUCUACAAACAUCACGUGCGUCCUGACGCCUGACCGUUUUCAUGACUUCAUGCUGUACGGAUCAGUGGCUUCCUUCUUCAUUCCCCUCGCUAUCAUGAUCGUCACUUAUUUCCUGACAAUCCAAGUGCUGCGCAAAAAGGCCUAUUUGAUCAACAAGCCGCCCCAGCGCUUCACCUGGUCAACAGUGUCCACAGUCUUUCAGCGUGACACAACACCUGCCUCCUCACCAGAAAAGGUGGCUAUGCUAAAUGGCUCCAGAAAGGACCAGACUUUGUCCAUUGACAUGCAUAUCUGCAGGACAUCCACGAUUGGGAGGAAGUCCAUGCAAACGAUAACCAAUGAACAAAGGGCGUCAAAAGUUCUGGGGAUUGUGUUUUUUCUUUUCUUGCUGAUGUGGUGCCCAUUCUUCAUAACAAACAUCAGCUCAGUUCUCUGCAACUCCUGCAACAAAGAGGUUUUUCAAAAGCUUUUGGAGAUAUUUGUUUGGAUAGGGUAUGUAUCCUCAGGAGUGAACCCUCUUGUAUAUACACUUUUCAACAAGACAUUUAGGGAGGCUUUUAGCAGGUACAUCACUUGCAACUAUCGGACCACAAAGCCUAUCAAGGCCCUUCAGCAGCGAUCCAGCAGGAUCUCUUUCAGAAGCUCUGUAGCAGAAAAUUCCAAGCUCUUUGUCAUGAAUGGGAUGAGAAAUGGGAUUAACCCCAUCAUGUACCAGAGCCCAAUGAGGCUGAAGAGCUCACCCAUCCAAGCAUCGUCGGCUAUUCUGCUGGAUACCUUGCUGCUCACCGAGAAUGAGGUUGAUAAAACAGAAGAACAAGUCAGCUAUGUAUAGUGGAAUGGCAGCCAUGUCCAUACAGCAUUACUGUAUGUAUUAUUCUAGAUAACUGUGCUGUAAGAGAGUAUAAAUACUAUUGUUUUCUGUUAUUUAUACAAGCAAUAUCUUAUAAAUUUAUAUUAAUUCCUCUCCUCCAAAGUCUCCUCUACUUUAACCCCAACCCCAGCAACCACAACUUCAUUCCAUGACAAAUGACUCAUGCAGAACUGUAGCCUAAGGAAGAGGGAAAUAAAUAAAAGCUAAAUCA